UUAGCGCCAACGAUAAAUAACCUGUGUAUAAAAACAUAUUCAAAAUGCUGUGGUUGUAAUUAGUAUAUUAUCUAGGGUUGUGAUACGCCGAACUAAUUUAUAGUGUUGCUGAAAUUUAUAUUUUUGUAUCUUGAUAGUACAUAAUUGAUAGCUAGAAAAAUGGAAACCGAGAACAAAUGUGCAGAUUCUUAUAAUCCUGAAACAUUACUUGAUUUACUGCCCUUGUAUUAUAAAAGACUAUUCCCUCACUUGCCUUUUUACAGAUGGCUAUCUUAUGGUUUAAAUGGUGGGCAAGUAUUUACUCAUAGGGAAUUUUCUUUUACUCUUGUUGAUGAUGUUUAUAUUCGUUACUUGUCAUUCGAAACUCAAGAGGAAUUAGAGAAGGAACUUUAUUCUAAAAAUCCAGUUAAGAUUGAUAUUGGACCUGUGCUAAAUAUUAAACCUAAAGAUCAUCGCUCUGUGCGAACAAUAACACCUGUUCAAAGAGAAUUAGUGUUUGAUAUAGAUUUAACAGAUUAUGAUGAUGUUAGAACAUGUUGCAGUGGUGCUAGUGUUUGCCCUAAAUGUUGGAAAUAUAUGGCCAUAGCUUGCAAAAUCCUUGAUGCUGCUUUAAGAGAGGACUUUGGAUUUGAGCAUUUAUUGUGGAUUUUUAGUGGAAGAAGAGGUAUCCAUUGUUGGGUUUGUGAUAAAGAAGCUCGACUUUUAGAUAAUAAAGGUCGAAGUGCAAUUGCAGAAUAUCUCACUCUCAUUUCCGGAUCCGAAGGUACUGCUAAACGUAUGACUGUUGGAGACAAAAUGCAUCAUAGUGUAAAGCGAGCUUUAAAAAUGAUAGAACCUGUGUUUAAAGAAAUAUGUCUAGAAGAACAAGAUGUGCUAUCAACUCCAGAAGGAUUAAAUAAAUUAUUGAAUUUAAUACCUGAUGAAGCUGUGAAAUUGAAUAUGCAAUUAGAAUUAAGUAAAAAAGAAACCUCAUUAGAUAGAUGGAAUGUUUUUGUUUCAUAUGUUGAAAGCUGUAGAAUUCAGGGUAAUCCAGUAUAUAAACGUAUGAGAUAUAUUGUUGAAGAAGUUCAAGUUUAUUUUGUGUAUCCUAGACUUGAUGCUAAUGUUACGAAAGGCAUGGGCCAUUUAUUGAAGGCACCAUUUUGUGUUCAUCCAAAAACGGGAAAAAUUUGCACCCCAUUUAAUCCCAGGAAUGUUGAUAAAUUCGAUCCAACUACUGUUCCUACAAUUAAUCAACUUCUUGAUGAUAUAAAUGCAUUUGAUGAGAAGAACUCUAGUGUAGAAAAUGACACUGUGUCUCAAAAACCUAGAAUAAAAGACUAUAAGAAAACGAGUGCAUACAAAGGUAUUGUUGUUUUUGAAGAAUUUUUACGGAAACUGGAAACAUCUUUGAAGUCAAUAAAGCAAGAAGCCAGAGAUAUAAAAAUGGAGUUCUGAAUUUUUUCACUCACAGAUGCAAACUAUAAUUUGUAUUUAAUUUAUAUUAAUUUGUUACACUUUUAAUCUGCUAUCCCUUACAAUAACAAUGUAAAAAUAUUUUGUAGGUUUUUAUAAACAGG